AUGGCAGGCGGUGCGAUCAUAUCUGGCCCUGGUGGCCGCUCAAAUGAGUAUGCCAAGGGCCGCGUCACUCUCUACGUGGUGGUGGCGUGCUUCGUCGGCGCCUGCUGCGGCCUAGUGUUUGGCUAUGACAUUGGUAUCGCGGGAGGCGUCGUGGCAAUGCCCGAGUUUCAAAGGACGUUCUUUCCUCACGUGUACAAGCUGUCGCAAAUUCCCAAGGGCGGCGCCGGCGCGCACGACCCUUUCUGCAAGUACGACGACCCCAUGAUCUCGCUGUUUGUCUCGGUGCUUUUCCUGGCCGGCAUCCCCGGGGCCUUCCUGGGCUCUUGGACGAACAACUGGUUUGGCCGCCGGCCCACCAUGAUGAUCGGCGGCAUGAACUUCCUGGUCGGGUCCAUCCUCAUGUCGGCAGCCUCCCACAUCGCCAUGCUGGUGGUGGGGCGCAUCUUUCUGGGCGUCGGUAUUGGCAUCUGCGUGCAGUGCGGGCCGCUCUUCCUGUCUGAGCUGGCACCGGCGCACCUGCGUGGGUUGUUCAACACCCAAUUUCAGCUAUUCAUCACCAUUGGCAUCCUGGUGGCACAGGUCAUCAACUACAGCACACAGCACAUGAUCAUUGGCUGGCGCCUCUCCCUCGGCCUCGCCGGCGUGCCCGCGCUGCUGCUCAUCGUGGGGUGCAUCAUGGUGCCUGAGACCCCCAACAGCCUGGUUGAGCGCGGCCACCUGCAGCAGGCCAAGAUCACGCUCGCCAAAAUCCGCGGCACCGAGGAGAUCGACCCUGAGCUUGACGACAUCAUUGAGGCUGCUCGAUUCGCGCGCACCACGUCCAAGGGCGGAUGGUCCUCCCUGUUCAAGCGCCGCUACAUCCCGCAGCUGGUGAUGACCAUUGCCCUCCCCACCUUCAACCAGUUCGACGGCAUCAACUCCAUUAUGUUCUACGCGCCUCAGCUGUUUGAUGCCAUGGGCCAGGGUGCCAGCCAGGCGCUGCUCACCCACGUUAUCAUUGGGGCCGUCAACGUGGCCACGACGCUCGUUGCGGUUGCCACCGUUGACCGCCUGGGCCGCAAGUUCUGGCUGGUGGAGGCGUCCUUCCAGAUGAUGGCGGCCGAGAUAGCCAUGACUGCGGUCAUCGCCACCCAGAUGACGCCUGAGGGCAGCCUCCCAGCUGGCGCGACCAUCGGCCUGCUGAUCGUGGUCUGCUUCUUCAUCGCCGGCCACGCGUGGGGCUGGGGCCCUAUGACCUGGCUUGUGGUGUCGGAGGUGCAGCCUCUGCACAUGCGUGCAGCUGGUACUGCUUUUGGCACCAUGGUGAACUUCAUCAUGAGUUUCAUCAUCGGCCAGUUCUUCCUCACACUCAUGUGCCAUUGCAAGGCGUAUGUGUUCCUCUUCUUUGCUGGCUGGCUGCUGUUCAUGGGCAUUUUUGUCAUCCUGUUUGUCCCGGAGACUAAGGGUGUGCCGAUUGAGGCCAUUGAGGACGAGCUGAUCAAGAAGCACUGGUUCUGGGGCAAGGUCAUGGCCAGCACCUACGCCGCAGACACUGCCAAUGCGAACCGCGCCUCCAUCACCAGCGACGCCGACGUCGCAGUGUGCGACGCCGUCGCCACCAGCACCGCGAUGGCCCAGGUUUCGCUGCGGCCGCGGUCGCCCCAGAAGGGCAAGGGCGAGGGGAGCAGCUCUGGUGGGAACGACAUCUGA